AUGUCUAUAGAUCAUUCACAUGAUUUAGUUAAUAUGGAAUGUUUUGAUGUUACUUACACGACUGAUAUCAUUCGAAAAAUAGUGGAAAAUAUUCUUAAUAAAAAACAAUUCAAUAUGGAAAGUAUUGAUACAUGGAGUCGACAGAUUGUUGAUUCUUGUCAAAAAUCUCUGUCAGAAAUCUACAAUUCGUUUAAAACAAUUAUUACUACAAUGAUUAUUUCUAAAAACGAUGAAAAUAUACAUAUUGGCAAUGCUUGUUUAUGGGAUUAUCAAUUGGAUGGAAGUACAAUUAUUAAUCAUUUCUAUUCAAACAAUGCUAAGGGUAUUUUAUCUUGCAUGAUAUUACAUAAUUGCAAUAAUCUUGAAACUCGAGUUAAUGGACAAAUAAAAUUAUUUUACAUGGAUAAUCGUACAUUCACAUUUCAUAAUGCUCAAAAUUUUUACAUGCUACUCUGCGAUCGAUUAUAUAAUUUAAAAAGACUAUCAUUUGGUAUCUAUGAUUCAUGGAAUGAAUGGAGUUGGAAACCAUCAAGUAGACGACAAUUAUACGAACAAUUACUUAGCCGACCUUAUUGA